AUGGCACCGGCAUUACAUUCAAGAGGCCUACUACUAGCCAUGGACCUACCCUAUCGACACACCGUGCUCCAACUUCGAUCUCAAAUCGUUCAAGUCAGGAUACGGAGUCAUCAUGUCGCGAGACAAUUGUCAAGUAGGAGAAGCUGCUUGCAGAUAGGUUCAAGACCUACUCUGUCAUUAGCUAUUCUAUCCCCUAAAUGGACGAGGUACUACAGCCAGAAACCAGUAGUACCAAAUGAUAAAACCUCUAUCCCAGCUUCUUCUUCAAUAGAACCGAAACCUGCCACUUCCAUACCUCCUUUACCAGCCUCCGACGAGGCAGAACUACAUGAAUCGCCAUACACUUUACCCAACGCUUUGACAUUAGCUAGGAUUAUUGCAUGUCCAUUUUUGGGUUAUACGAUCGUACAAGGGGAUUUCGCUUGGGCAACGGGGAUAUUAUUCGCUAGUGGUGUAUCAGAUUGGCUGGAUGGGUGGUUGGCGAGAAGAUACAAUUCUCGUUCAGUCUUGGGAUCGAUAUUGGAUCCAGCAGCUGAUAAAGCUCUGAUGACCACUUUGGUCGGAACGCUAGCGUGGUCAGGGCUCUUACCCCUACCCCUUGCUAUCCUCAUCUUCGGAAGGGAUCUCGGGUUAUCCAUCUCAGCGUUCUACUUCAGGUUUAUAUCCCUACCAAAACCUCGUACAUUGAAACGAUACUUUGACGUCUCCAUACCUUCUGCCGAGGUGAAGCCCACGCAGAUUAGCAAGAUCAAUACAGCCCUUCAGCUGUUACUCAUGGGACUAACAACCGUCUCUCCGUUGUUGGGGUACUCGAUAGCCGGGCCAUUACAGGCAUUACAGUGGACAGUAGCCGGUACGACCAUAUGGAGCGGGUUCAGUUACUUAGGUAGAUCAGGUGUAAAGAUACUAAAACAGCCUGGGAAGAAGUUGUUAUAA